UUGAGGAAAUACGGUAAAUCCCCCUGUUGUCCCGUCUGUAGAUGGCGUGCGCGCCGCGCUGUCGCCGAGGCGUCCGGUCUGGUCCUCCUCUCGCGCUCCACGGACGUGUUCGAGAACCUGGCGCUGGAGGACUGGCUGGACGCCAACGUGGACCUGCGGCGCCGCGGCGUGCUGCUGCUGUGGAGGAACCGGCCGGCCGUGGUCAUCGGGCGCCACCAGAACCCGGUGGUCGAAGGGCACCUGGCGGUCCGCUUGGGGCGGGCGGCUCUGGCGCCGCCGUCGAGCGGGGGCGGACCGUUACCACCACCGGCAACCUCAACGCGGACCUUCUUUCGGCCCAAGAAGGCGUACGACCGCCAGAGGAACCUGAGCGUGGUCACGGGCGCUCUGCGGCGUGCUCGGCCCGGGCUGGACGUGCACGCCACGGAGCGGCUAGACGUUGUGCUCAACGGGCGCUUCAAGAUCUCAGGAAGUGCGUCCAGACUGAGCAGGACGUCGUCCUACCACCACUGCACCCUGCUGCCGACCUCCCCCACCCCUCACGUUCACCGCCCCUCCUGCCCCGGUAUCCAUAGCAACGCCACUCCCAGCGUGCCCUCGCCGGUCGCCAACCUGCUGGACCACGCGCCCACGCUGCACUGGGACGAGCUGCUGGAAGCUCUGGUGCAGCAAUACAACGAAGAGUUCGGCUAUGAUGCUGUCAUGGCGCCCGUGGACCCUGCGGACGAGCUGGCGUUCCCCGGCGUCGGCCGGCUGGCGGCGGAGCUGCGCAGCUGGGACUGGACCUUCGGCAGGACGCCGAAAUUCAGCGUCCAAUCGGUGCUGGACCUCAGGGACUGCUCGGCGCGGCUGCACGUGGAGGUGAAGGCCGGCCUGGUGCAGAGCUGCGAGCUGGACGUGCCCUCCCAUUGGCUGCCGGACGCUGAGCGCCGAGCUGGGCGCCGCGCUGGUCGGGGACCGGUUCUGCCGGCAGCGAGCGGCCGCGGCGUGGUGAUGCGGGGCGAGCUGCGGCGCCGACUGUACGACCUCGGGGACGCACUCGUCUCCGCCAUCGGCUGACGAGAAAAACUCUCAGAGAACAAUAGCUGUUAUUAUAUAAUAAUCUGGUACAGACAGACAGACAGGGAGGGAGACAGGCAGACAGGGAGGGAGACAGACAGACAGA